CACAUGUAACAGCUAGUAGUUUUUUGUCAUCACUAUAGUAGUCGUAGACUUUACUUGGCUAUACAAAUUCAAUACUUAAUAAAUGACUUUGAUUCGCAAUGUCUUUGCAUUGGCCAGUCCGGCAGUAGUCGUAUUUUCGUCGUGUGCCUUAUGUUCGGCUCCUGAACCAAAGUUCAAAGAGCAAUCAAAGUUUUCUUCGAAUGGUCUGGUCAGAUGUGGACGUACCGUUUUGACUGUGAUCUUGAUAAGUUAUGAUUACAAAAAAUCUCUAUGGGGUGUAGAAAGAAAUGGACCAGAAUACAAACAGUUGAUGUCAAAGAUUCACUGGUGUUCAGCAGCAAGACUCCGUGAAUUGUGCUGUGCAAAUGGUGGCAUCUACAUCAAAGGGGCACAAUACAUUGGUGCUCUAGACUUCUUAUUACCCUAUGAAUAUGUCAAGACUAUGAAAGUAUUUCACAGUGAUGCCCCUCAAAGCACUUUAAAAGAUGUGUACAAAGUCCUAGAAGAAGAUCUUGGUCAGACACCAUCAGAGUUGUUUUCUAGUUUUGAUCCAGUCCCUCUGGGAACUGCAUCGUUAGCGCAGGUGCACAAGGCCACAAUGCAUGAUGGUAAAGUAGUGGCUGUCAAAGUCCAACAUAAGGAUAUACAAGAACAUGUCUCUGUGGAUAUAUAUACUAUUGAGUUAUUAACUAAAGCUGUAUCAUGGAUAUUUCCUGAAUUUCGGUUUAAGUGGCUCAUAGAUGAGACCAAAAGAAAUCUUCCAUUGGAGAUGGAUUUUCUGCAUGAAGGACGAAACUCUGAGAAGGUCACAAAAAUGUUUAGUAACUGUAAAUUCCUUAAGGUGCCCAAGGUAUUGUGGAAACUGUCAAGCAAGCGAGUACUCAUGAUGGAGUUUUGUGAAGGUGGCAAAGUUGAUGAUCUGGAGUACAUGAGAAAACAUAACAUCUCAUCUGAUGAGGUUUCCAAACGAAUCGGUGAGCUAUACAGUGAGAUGAUAUUUGUGACUGGUUAUGUGCACUGUGAUCCUCACCCUGGAAAUGUUCUGGUCAAGAAGGAUUUGAAUGAUAAAGUAGAGAUAGUCUUACUAGACCAUGGUCUGUAUCAGCAACUAAGUGAUGAUUUCCGUGUCAAAUACUGUAAGUUAUGGCAGUGUCUAAUAGCAUCAGAUGUAGAGGGCAUCAAGCAGUACAGUAACGAGAUGGGAGUAGGAGAUCUCUAUGGAUUAUUUGCCUGUGUGUUGACAUCACGUGCCUGGAGUGUAGUAACUUCUGGGAUUGAUGCCGGACCUAUGACUGAAGAAGAAGUAAGUGUAUCAUAGUUUUAGU